AUGAAAUACAAUUAUGCAUUCAUUCAUUUCUUACUAUUACAACUACUUUCGUAUUCCAAUGCGAUAGCUUAUCAUUUAUCAUCAGAUGAUAACUUCAAAUGGUUAUCACCGUUUGAUAAUCGUAGUAAGUUAGCAGCAUUAUGCACUCAAAAUAAUCGACAAUUAGUUAUGCAUCGUUCUGGGAUAACAUUGCUUUAUCGUUUAUUUCAACAUGAUGCGUUAUGUUCACCUGAAAUUGAGCGUUACGUACCGUCACGUCAUAUUUCUUUGGUAUGGUUUAUGCAGGCGUUGCAAUACUGUGAAGUGAAUCACGUUUUAAAUUGGAAGAGACCUGAAAUUCAUUAUAAUCGAACAUUUCAAGUAUUAAUUACACGAGCUGCCUUUGCAUUGGUAUGUCAAGAAAUUAAUGAUAUAAAUCUUUAUGGAUUAAUGAAAUAUGCAGAUUUGUUUCGAAUUCUUUUCGAAGAUAACAAUACAGAUCGCAGAAUCAUCUGUCAACAAAUACAGAACACAAAUAACGAUUUAUUUCAACGUUGCCUUGCAGACAAACCAAAUAAUAAGCUAUAUCUUCUGAAUAAAAUGUGUUCUGGAAAUUCAACGUUGCGAUUAAUUAAAAUGAAUGUGCUUUUUCAACGGUUUGCCAGAAAUUGUCAUACGUUGCAUGAUUUUGUCAUUAAUAUGCUACCAAAAUAUUCAUCAUUUGGUGAAGCACUCUCAAAUGAUAUAUACUUUAUGAAUUUAUUAAGCAAUUAUCUCAUAUCAACAAUUAAUCGUGCUAGUCCAUUGCUAGAGAUUGUUUUGAAAACACGCCUUCAUCUUCAACUUUUUAGCAUUACAGCUGUUAAAUUGCAACGUGAACUGGACAAAGCUAACAUGUGUAUUCAACAACGAGAAGAGGAACAAUAUAUUUUGGAAAGCAGUAUUGAUAAUAGCAGUAGAAAUGGUUUUAUUUAUGAUAAUAACGAGAAUGAUAAUGAUAAAUUCAAUUAUUGUUCAUAUGAAGGAAAUCUGUUUGUCAGUGCACAGACAAAUGCAGAAAUUAGAACAAUUGCACGAUUUGCUGAAAUUGGUAUUUAUACAGAAACAUUUCUUUUAUUAUUAGUACUAAUUAUUACUAUAAUAUUAUUAUUAUUAUUAUGGAAAUCAUAUAAACAUUUAUCAACAGCAAUGGUGCUAUUCAUAUUUAAUAUCAUUUUUUCCAAUUCAUUAUUUAUCAUAUCAUUUGUUUUCUUACUUUCUCAAACAGUCAGUGAUAAAGCAUCUAAAGCACUAAGUGAUAUGGAUUUUGAUGGAACAAUUCCAGCAUCACUGGUUAUAACUGAAGCAUUAAAUGCAAAUUUAUUUGAAACAAAUAAAUUCAUUCAACAAAUGAUUCAAGAAACGCUUUAUUCAUUGGCACAAAAUGGUUCUCUUCUUGGCCUUACUAAUUUACUUGUUCUUGUAUUAGUUGUUAUUAAUCGUUCAAUGGCCGGUAAAUCAAUACGACUGUCACGGAAAUGUGUAAUUUCAAUUUUUUCACUUGUUUGGAUAUUUUUAUUCAUCACGCAUCUGUUAUUUUCAUCUCUGCAACUUACAGCAGUUCAUUUCAUCGGUCAAAUGUUCAACACGUUGAAGACACGUCGACGUGAUGUUCAGUGUAAUGAAAUAAGUUUGAUGUUAGCAGAUUACAAUAUUUUUGGUGAUCUUUGUGAUCGAAUUUCACCAUUUUACGAUUUUGGCGUUUAUUUAUUACGUGGUCAUACACUAUUUACGUUAACUUUCCUCAUAAUAGCAUUGAUAAUAUUUGUUGUGACAGUUUGCCAUCAUCGCAACGUACGUCGACAAAACAACGUAUUAAGCGGAGAAACACGUGAAUGUAAACCACAACGUCGACGUGAAAUGCUCUUUAACACACUUCUCCUAUCCAUUUGCGCAUAUUUUUUCUCAAUUGCUGGUCAAUCAUUUGUUGAAAUAGCUGUUUUCUGGGCGGAAAAUCGUGAAGAUGCAACGGAAUGGGCUCGUUGGUUUCAAUUAGCAAGAAUUACCGCAUUUGUUGACCCACUUUUCAAUCCGUUAUUGGUUAUAUUAAGGAUACCAACAUUAAGUGCUAAGUUACGGUGGAUUGGUCGUUAUAUUACCAAUGUGACAUUAUUAUUUUGUUGUCAUAAAAGAGCCAAGAAAAGAAAGCCAAAGCCAAAACGAAUAUUAGGAUCCGCUACCGGGGUGUCCUCAACUAGUCCUCAUAGUAUACAUUCCGAUGAUUUCUUUUCCAAGUUAUUAUGCCAUCGAAAUUUUCCAUCGAAAUUAUCAUCAACAUAUCGUCGCAGUAAUAGUGGUACUAUUGUUGGUAAUAGAUUUCAUGCAAGAGCACUUAAUUUUGUCCUUCAAGAUUUAUAG